UUGCUGUUUUGAAUUGAGUACGAAGUAAACACUAAACAGUGAGAUGUUGAUGUUGUUUUUCUUGUAUGGUGAUCAACCCUGAGGCAGAAAUUUGUUUGACAACAAUGCAAAUGCGUUAUCUCAGCAGAGUUUGAAGACAACAGUUAUUAUGUGUAAUGACACUGUUAUCGUAAGAACAGUCUGGUAAUACACUGGAGCCUCGCGAUGGAGACUUGCAAAGAAUGCAGUAGAUUACAACAAAGAAUUGAUAUUUCCCUUACUAUUACUGAAAUGUAUUCAUGGCUUUUGGAUUCAUAUGUCCUGGACUAUUAUGUGGACAAGCACUGGCAAAAACUGCCACCAUCUUGGCAAAAUACUUUUAAAGAUGUUGAUCCUCAAGAACUCAGUUCACUAAUAAAUAAUCAAACCAAUGAACUGAGGUCCAAGAGACCCUGGCCACUUAGCUUACUGACAUUAAGGUACUUGUUAGUGAAACUGCAACUGUCAAGGAAACAAGUGGCAGAAAGUUUUCAAGCACAUCUUGUAUCACACUGUCAUGGAAAGAAUUGCCAUGAACAUAGAACUGAAAUAAAAGUACCAUCUGUUUUAGCACCUACAGCCAAAGUUAAUGAAACAUCGGGAGAACAUCUAAUUUCUAAAGUAGAUAAAGUCUUGACAAGACAUGUUAAACCAAAAAAGCAGUAUGAAAUAAAUUCGAUGGCAAAGGUAACUGCGCAAGCAGCUGAACAUUGUGAUGUGAAGUUGAUUGUGGACGUCGGAUCAGGACUGGGACAUUUGUCACGAAUGCUGGCAUACAGAUAUGGGCUUCAGGUGUGCUGUAUAGAAGCUCAAGGUAACCUUCUGGAACAAGCAAGGAUUUUAGAUAAUGAUACAGAGAAGUACUUGUCAAAAUACUUAUCGGCCGAAGAAAUGAAGAAGUUAUGUCGACCAGUGCAUAUAAAUGCUGUCAUUGAUUCACAAUUCACAGCUCUUUCACUCAUGAAGGAACUGAGGAAUGCAUAUGGAAUUGGUGAAAAUGAUUUAAAAUUUGGAAUAAUAGGCUUACAUCCUUGUGGUGAUUUGGCGCCUAUUUUAUUAAAGCUCUUUACUGAUUGUCCUGAUGCUGUAUUCAUCAAUGUUGUUGGAUGUUGCUACAUGAAAAUAUCAACAAAUAUUGAAGGUACACCAAAGUUAAUGGGCUAUCCACUAAGCACUUUUGUAUCCAAGAGGCCACAUAUGUUGAGUUUUGAAGCACGUGAAAUAGCAUGCCAUGCAAUAGAGACAUACAGAGAUCGUCUUCAUGCUGGCGAUUAUGAGAAUUUAAAAAUUCAUUGUUUUCGGGCUCUUCUUGAGAAGAUUUUGGUCAAGCAUUGGCCUCAUUUACGGCACUCUGUUGUCAAAAGCAUCAAACAUUACAGUGGCCUGAAUUUUCGAGACUACUGUGAGAUUGCCACUGCAAGACUUGGUGUGAAAAUACCAAGUGAAGACUUCUUCUCUGAGGAAACUUGUUUAAGCCUGUCCGAGUGGAAAAAAGUUGUCACAUUUUACACUCUUCGUUUGAUGUUGGCUCCAUUAGUGGAAACAAUAAUUCUCUUGGACAGAUUACUUUUCUUGCAAGAACUAGAAAUUGGCAGUGCCUUGAUUCCUUUAUUUGAUCCAAAAAUUUCUCCAAGAAAUCACAUCCUCAUUGCAUUGAAGCAUUUCAAGUUUUAGCAUCUUAUGUGAUUUCAACAUGAUGAAAAUCAAGUAUGCAAAGAACAUGCAAAUUGUUACCAUUUUCUGUUAUCUUUACAUCUAGUAUAGUGUUAACAAUAAAGACAAACUAUUUCAGGGAGAAAAAUAUAGCAUAAUAUAUACUGUAUGUUUCCAUUUGUAUUGCAAGAGAUUCACUGCAAAUAUAUUUUUACUGCAUAAUACCCUCAUUAGCUGUGCCAUGUGCUUAAGAAAUAGUAGACAAGAAACUAGACAUGAUUGCAGUAUGCUGCUACGCAAACUGUGCCUUGAGUGAUAAGUCCGUGUUGGUUGUGUUGGCUUCAUCAUCACUUUCUUCAGUACUUACUUUCUCAAACCCUUGAUGACGGUCCAAAAAUUGGCCUAGUUUGAAGCCUUCAACAUGAGAUGUGUGAAAUGCCCACCGCUUGUUAUAACUGCUGUAUCUUAGAAGACAGCCUGACAAAAAAUGUUUCAC